UUUGUCACAUUCAUGAACUUAUUGUAAACCGCCACCACCAUUUUUUUUUUUCCAUUGUAAUUUCCUCUCCCUAAACAAUGAGCAACACCAACCUUGAAUCCUACCCUCCUCCAUUCCGCCCUUCAUCAAAGCCAUUAGUAGUAGAGCCACCUGCGGACCGAGUUGACGAUGAUGAUGAUGAUGAUGACUCGGCCGAGUCGGACUCAGACCCAAUACCCAUAAUUGAUUUCCAAAGCCUUGUUGGAUUAAACAAGGACAAUAAUGACUGUAACAAGCUUGGAGAGGCAUGUAAGGAUUGGGGUCUGUUUCGUUUGGUAAACCAUGGGGUUCCUCCUGACCUGUUGAACAAACUUGAGGACUAUGCCAGAGAGCUUUUCUAUCUCUCUUUUGAAUCCAAACAGGCCCUAUUCACAACCACCACUCCUAAUCUGUCCUACUUCUGGGGUACUCCUGCACUGACCCCAUCUGGGGCUGCCCUAUCCAGGGAUCCCCAAAAUAUCAAUUGGGUUGAAGGACUCAACAUUCCUCUCUGUCAACUCUCCCAACUUCAACCUCAGCAACACCCUACGGCCAAUCUUACUUCUUUCAGACCUUUGAUAGAAGAGUACGGAAGGCACUUAGGCAGACUUGCAACAGCCAUAUUCGAGGUCAUGUCAGAUAAGCUUUAUAUGGACAAAAGAGAUAAAUCCAAGCCCAGCUUGUCAGAAUCCACCGGCUUAAUACGUGUUUACCGGUAUCCACCUUACUCCAACGACGACGUCGACGACAACGACAACGGCGAUCACACUGCAUGGGGAAUGGACGUACACACAGACAGCUCAGUACUGUCCAUACUCAACCAAGAUCAAGUUAGUGGACUUGAAGUCCUCAAAGAUGACCAAUGGUUUACUGUCAAACCUGUUUCCAACACACUCAUCGUCAAUCUCGGAGACAUGAUGCAGGCAAUUAGCAAUGACGAAUACAAGAGCGUGAAACACCGGGUGAAAGUAAACAAGUAUAAAGAGCGUUUGUCAAUAUGCUACUUUGUGUUUCCCGGUGAAGAAAGUGUUAUAAAAAGCUCAAAAUACAAGCCUUUUACGUACAGUGAUUUUCAAGCGCAAGUGCAACGCGAUGUCAAGGCCCUCGGCUACAAGGUUGGGCUUGAAAGGUUCAAAAUCACUAACACUUUUACGGAGGCUUGUUGAAGAGGACCCAACAAAUUUUUGUUGUCUCUUUUCCCUUCCUUUUUCUAGUCCAAAGACACUCCGGUUUUUUUGUUUGUUUGGUCAUGUCAUUCGUCUUAAUUGCUAAUCCAAGCCGGCCUGUAUAUGGCUUAUUGGCUUUUCUGUUUUCCUUUUAUGUAUGUGUUCAUUGUUUAGUGGAUGACAUUGUUGUCAAUUGAGACUUAAAACAAAGAGCAUUACGCGGUCACUUAAAUCGAAAGUACACAAAAUCCACACCCAAUUAGGAGUUGACUUCUGGUUGGACUU